AUGUCUGACUCUGGUUGGACGAGUUGGAUGGUGUUCUGCAGGACAGCACAUGGGCCGCCGCACGGUUUCACAGCGAAUCGGAAGCGAGAGUUGUCGGAAGGGAGCACGAAGUUGUUUGAAAAGCGGAUUACAGCACCACCACUUCGCCCCAGAAGAUUGAUCCCGAGGUGUAGAAGACUCCUCGUAAUGAUGUUGCCUCGAGUCACUCGAAGUGCUUUUUGGGCGUUAUUUUUGUUAAAGCAUUUUUUAAAGAUUAAAACAAAAAACUGUACUGAAAUUUUGAUUUGUACGUGUAUGAUUCACUUACUACUCGCUUGAGAAGAACAAGAAAUACUGCGCUGUGCAGGAUUAGGAGCAGGAACGCAUAUAAUUUUUUGGCAGCAGGAACAAAGAAGACUACAAAACUACAAAUUUACUUUUUACGAAAACGAAGUUACUGCACAGGAGGCUAUUAAUUAACAUCCAGAACCACGACGUCGGUCAUUACAUUAAAGCCUUGGCUUCGAUAAUAAUAAUACAUUAAAGCCUUGGAUGACUGUGAUGGUGAUAUUCGAGCUAGACUCGAACUGUUGUGCUCAGGUAGAAGAGGAAGAUUGUGACUGUGCUGGUCGCGCCGGGGAGAAGCAAUUGGAUUGAUGGUCUUACGGCUUUUGAAGGGGAGAGAUACAUAGAUUAAACUUUUUGAACAGGACGAAGGGAUGGAUUUUUUAGAAGCUACUGCGGGAGGAGGUGGACAGCUCUUUGCACUCUACUUCAGGACAACAGCUCCACACUGUUGGGUUUGAUGAACAAAAUGGUAGGAACAGGUGCAGAGAAAAAGUGAAAGGUCGUGGAAAACAACAAAAGACAAAUUACAUAAAAGGCAAAA